AUCCCCCACAACAUCUCAUUCCUAUCAAUCCAAUCCAAAACCCCAAAUUUAGAAAAAAACACGAAAUCCAUACUAAAACCCAUAUCAAACAAACCAAAAACAAAAAGAGUUUUUCCAAUCAAUUUUUGCGACGUUUCAAUCUUGCAGCUUUUUUAGCAAGCCUGAUUAAAAGGAUUCAAUUCGUCACAAAAAAAAAACAGAGAAAAUAUGGUGGUGUGUAUGGUUUCUCGUACUGGACGGAAUUUGCAGAGGUACAACAAAGGCCAACGCCUUGUCGUCGGAUGCAUACCUUACAGAUACACAAUUAACGACGAAUUAGAGGUCCUGAUGAUAAGUUCACAAAAGGGUCAAGCAAUGAUGUUCCCCAAAGGAGGCUGGGAGCUUGAUGAAUCCGUCGAAGAAGCCGCCUCUCGUGAAUCCAUCGAAGAAGCCGGAGUUCUUGGCAUUGUUGAGCCUGAAUUGGGGAAAUGGAUAGUCAAGAGCAAGAGCCGCGCAAUCUAUCACGAAGGCUACAUGUUCCCUUUGCUCGUGACGGAACAGCUCGACCUUUGGCCCGAGAAAAAUCUCAGAAGACGAGAAUGGAUGUCUGUGACGGAAGCCAGAGAGGUUUGCAAACAAAUUUGGAUGAAAGAAGCAUUGGAUAUGUUAGUUGAAAGGAUCAAUUCUAGGGAGGACCAAGAAGAUGUAUUUCAAAGCUCUCCCUGAUGAGCCAGACUAGAAUUGAAGAAAAUUUUAUGGAACAAAAAUUUUUGAUUCUGUUUUUUUGUUACUAUUUUUAAUCCUUUUUUUUUUUUUUUGAAUGAAAGUGUUGUAUGUACAUAUGCCAGCACUUCUUACAGCCAUCAUAGGAAAGAUGUUUGAGUUGUCCCAUGAAUCUCCAUACUAAAUUCAGGGUAGAUUCAGGGAAGUUUAUAAUUUGCUGCUGUACUCAUGCUGACAAAUUUCAUAUAAAACAAUCAAAAGCUGUUGAUUACUCA